AUGGUUGAUUAUUGUGCUGGUAUUUAUUCGGAACGAUUAGAUGAAGGAGGUAUUCUUAUUGGCAUGAAUGCACCUUAUUGUCAGGUAAUAACAGAUUAUAUUCACUGUCUUCGGGAAACAAAUCGCACAUGCCGAGGCAAUCUGAAGUACCACACAUUGCACACUUUGCUUCACAGACAAGGAAAAGAAUUUUCGUGUAAUUCAUUUCCAGAGACUAUGAAACCGAGUAAUUAUGCACCUACAGGGUGUAUAUUUCCAAUUGAUACUGCACCACAUACUAUGCAACGGUACUGUGCAUUGUUUGGUUCUCGACAUUUGCGCACAUUAAACGGACGUUUUGAAACAUGCGGUCGAGAUGGGGCAUUUUCAUUAGUGAAUAAUAAACAUUUAUUAGUACAAAUUACUCAUGCAUAUUUGGGAAAUGGAACGAGUGCUAUCUCCAGGAUUACAAUAAUCAUAAAAGAAAACGCCCGCUGUACAGCGCGUAAGCAGUAUGAAGUUGGUUCAGAAGAUGAACGACUACCAAAUGCUUUUACGGAUGGAAGUAAAUACGUGGGUGAUACGAAUCGCAAAGCCGUCGAAAUUAGAUUCUUGAAUCAGACUCAUGUUGAAAUUGUGCUCCGACACAUUGCUACUAGAAUUUACGUUCGACGCCAUGGUGUAUAUCUAUCAGUUUCUUUACGUAUACCAGCACGUGUUGUGGAGGAACAAACCGACGAUGAAUUCGAUAUCUGCACUUCUGGCUGUAAUCGUAAUGAUGCAGUGAAAAUGGAAGAAGCUCUAGCGAAUCCCAAAUCGUUUAUGCGUUGUCAUGGAAUUCAACGAUGUAUCCGAAUUAAUGUAACGGAUGCAUUUUUUGAUGCAUGUGUUUUUGAUCUGUUAAUCAGUGGUGAUGAAAAAUUGAUUGCCCAAGUGCAUGAUGCCCAAAAUGAUAUCACGGAUUUGUUCUCUCCUUACGUACGUCAUUAUCUCACGGGUCGACAGAAUCUCACGUUGUAUGAUGCAAAAGCAGGUUACAAAUGGAAACAAUGCGUCUUCGAUUCAUCAGGGAAUUCUAGACAAGUUGCAAGUUCGAUUAGGCUACUGUCAUCACAACGAUAUAAAUUGCUUAGGGAUAUGUUACUUUUGUUGCUUGUUAGUCUUGUCAACUAUUGA